AUGCCUGUGAACCGCCAGCAGUCAGACUCGUCGGAGAUGGACUCGGAUGUGUCCCCCAGCUGCGGGCUCAGCGACCUGAGCAGAGGGGGCAGCUUGGACAGUCGAAGCAGCAGCUCCCGCUCCAGGAGUUUGACUUUGGAUGAUGAGAGCCUGAAGUACCUGACCCAUGAGGAAAAGGAUGUCAUCCUGUUUUUUGAAGAGACCAUUGAUUCCCUGGAAGAUGACUUUGAAGAGCAAGUCCUAUGUGACGGCCACUCUCUGGGGUCUCUCAGAGAGCAUGCUUCCAGUCACGAGCCAGGAGAGGUCAUUGAUUUAGUGCAGCCAGCUCCAGGGGCAGGGGAACCGGAGUGCCUCCCGGCUGGGACGGACACGGCAGGGGCUGGCCCUGUGGGGAAGGAAGACAUUCCUGUCCUUGAAGGUAGGAACCCAGAAGCCGGGGGUCCGUCCUCGCCAGACUCCACAGGUCCACAGACCCCUCCUGUGCUACCCUCCCAGCCUGUGGCCGCAGCGGCAGCGCCCCCCAGGAAAGAGCUGCCUGCCCCUGCGCCCCUCACAGAGCACCCCAAACUGCCCCGCUCUGUUCCUACCCCACUGGUAAUCGCUCAGAAAAUGUCCGAGAAGUUGGCUGGAAAUGAAGCGCUUUCACCUGCAUCCCCCUCCAAGGAGGGCAAGCCUGGGGACUGGAGGACACUGCCUUCGGGGGCCCCUCGGAACGGGGACCCUUUCCUGGGGCACAGACACAUGGCCCAGCCUGCACCCAAGAUCCACCGCUUCCCGAGCAACAUCAGCGUGACCAACAGCGCAGGGAAGGAGUUCAACAAGACCAUCUCCAAAGCAGCCGUCAAUGUGCAGGAGCGGAAGGCCCAGGUCUUGGCCAACAUCAAUGGCAUCUCUUUCCUGGCCGCCGGGGAAGUGGAAGACCGGGCCCCCAGGGCUGAUGUCACCGAGCAGGCGACGCGUGGCCAGAGCAAGCCACGCCCCGUCCAUGAAACCGCGUCCACACGGGCUGGCGGCCACGCCGGCACUCAGCAGCAGUCCAGAGGCGUGCAGACAGAACAGUGCCUGCCGUUGCCCAACGGCUUCCAGAGCAUCCACGACGUCCUGAAGAGUGAGCCCAGUGCCUUCGUCGUCUCCACGGGAAAAACUGUCACCUUCCGUCCAGACCCAGCGCUUGCCGGCAAACUUGCCCGCCAGAAUGCCAGCAGGAGCUUUUACGAGCACCGGCCGCCGGACUGCAGCCAGGAUGCCAGGAAGCGGUCGGGUUCGCUGCCCAGGGCUGUUGGGUUCAGGCCCCAGGGCAUCACCGUCCAGUUCUCUGGCCGCGGAUCCACGGAGGAGGCCCGCCGGGAGGCCCUGCGCAAGCUCGGCCUUCUGAAGGAGAACUUGUGA